GCCAGCCAGGAGACAAGACCUGUUACUCGAACCCACUCAUUUGCUUAGGUCUCCCUUUUCACCAUAUAUGAGUCAAAACACUCUUCCGCCGUGGUGCUUUUUUUUAACUCUCCGAGCUCGUCGAGGUAAAACGUUCAGUUCUAGUUGUCCGGCCGUUUUGUCUUGUCGGGGUAGCUUGCUGCGGCAUCCCUUGUCUUAGCGCUCUGCCGCGCAUAACGAGCUGCUGCCAUUCUGCAUCAUCAUUCGAUGCAGAACUCGAAGGCCGUAUUGAGUAUCAGGCCAGUGGGAGGUCUCGUGGCGAAACGAGCAGAGGCAUGUGUUGAGCGGGCAAAAUGCGUGACGGGGGCACAGAUGCAGGACGAGUGUGAGAGGGUCAUGGCGGGAGAGGCAGGCGGUCGACCAAGUCAAGAGUGACCGACAGAGGCCCACACCCAGAUCCUCACGCAUUUUGGAACUUUAGUCAAGUGAGUCGGCUAGAGACGAAGAUUGACCUGGGAGACGGCUCCUGAGGGAGCCACGAAUUUGCUUGUUUGAUGUAUGCAUGGUUUCUGAAGCGACAGACAAAGUGACGGGAGAGAAGAUUGCCGUGCUAGUUGACCAUACUUCAACCAAGGGCUCUCGAAAGGACAUGGAUAAGCAGUGGCACUAUGUGCCAUGUGCUGUCUUGUUUGGAAAGGUGAAGAACUCAAUUACAGCUUGCAACCUUCAGAGGUUUCUGGUUCCAUUCUAUUUUGCGAGGAUCCCGGAGAGACCAAUAACUCAGGAGGCGCGUCAAGGAGCAAGAAAGGCUGGGUCCUUAAUGCCCUGCCGCUGCUGCCUUGACUCAGGUUGACAAUUUAAAGUUUUCCAGCGAGACACGAGUAUUUCCUCAAAAGAACGCCACCGAGUCUAUGAUGCUCUACUGUGUGCUACUCUUACUCUCCAGGCGAUAUGGAUGGUAGCUCACCUCCAAGGCGAAUGAUGAGCAUGCGAAGAUCACGCCCCAUGCUACGCUGUUAACAAGGGAUGAAAGCAUGUACCUCGGUGAAUUUGUCUCUCUCGUGGAAGCAAGCACCAAAACAACAGCGACACACGCUGGGAUGUUUGUGGCCCCCGAGGUUCGUGCGUCCCGUGGGGGACGUUCCUUUGGUUCUCCCAAAAAUAGGAUGCCGUACGCAGUUGAUGCUUAAGGAAUGGGCGCAACUACAUUCUGGAUUCAACGGCAUUCCGUACUGAGGAGAUGCGACAGAUAUGGAAGCGCAUGGGAGAGGUGUUGAGCCGAUGUGUAUGUGCUCGGCUGCAGAGCUCCCGGGUUGUACUCUGAGACGUUUGCGGCUAUUUUAUGUUUGUCGACAGUCAAGUGGGUAAUGACAAUGAAGAACGCAAUGACUACUGAGCGCGCCUUCAUAGUACGUCUCUUAGGUGAUCCUUCGCGUGUGAGCACCGGAGUUUUUCAGUUUGAGGGACAUUCAAUAAUGUGCUUCGAAAGCGUGUAACGUCGAUGGCCUUCCCGUGUACCAGACCUCACCGUCGAUAGUUCCGGAUGAGGACACGCAGUACACUUAGAAUAUCGGAGACAACGCUAGAAACUGUCGUUGUGUCAAAACAAAACUGAGAACCCACAGCUGUGCGUUUUUUCAAUGCUGCAGGUAUGUCUCGGUGUCUCCAUGCAAAUGGAAAUGUCGCGACAGCAGCUUCGGGGAGGCAGUGGAGGUAGCCCUUCCUCUUCUUCGAGAAGAGAGGUCGGUGGCGUGGCCAUGUAUGGCUGUACUUCCCAUUCACAUAAAGGGCGACAAGGGGAAUUCAUUUGUAGUGGAGGAGCCAGCCACUGUAGCUUGAGUGUAGUGUGCUGCGGCAAUCGGUCGAUGGUGGGAUUGCACGAGUCGAUAUGAGACUGGGGGAAAUAGUAGAGGCCACGACAACGUCGAGGCGCCUUCGCACACGUUUGGGGACACAUCGGCACGCGAGUCAGAUUAUCUAUGAGUAGUAGUUUAGAAUGAGUCUGCAAAAGGAGAGUAAAGAAGUUUAUGUGGCACCCUGAAAUCGGUGACGGUGUUGUGAGGUUCCUUGGCGUUCAUGACCCUAGAGUGGCGUCUGUAAAUACGAAGUACUGUAGCACAGACUCGACCUGCGAUAAUGAAGAGAACUAG